AUGUGGGAGGCGCGUUCCUCCUCCUUCUGGAGGGCUGUCUUUGCCGAGUUCUUCGGCACCAUGAUCUAUGUCUUUUUCGGCCUGGGGGCCUCGCUACGUUGGGUGGUCGGCCCCCUGAACGUUCUGUUGGUGGCCCUGGCUUUCGGCUUGGUGGCGGCCACCAUGGUGCAGUCUCUAGGCCACGUGAGCGGAGCACACAUCAACCCAGCCGUCACCAUUGCCUUCCUGCUGGGCUCGCAGCUCUCCCUGUUCCGCGCCGUCUUCUACCUGGUUGCCCAGCUGCUGGGAGGAGUGGCCGGCGCAGCCGUGCUUUACGGAGUCACGCCAGCAGCGUUGCGGGGUAACCUGGCACUCAACACGAUACACCCCAGUGUAAAUGUAAGCCAAGCUACAGUCGUGGAGAUCUUCUUGACCUUACAGUUUGUCCUCUGCAUCUUCGCCACCUAUGACGAGAGACGUAAUGGGCGCAUGGGAUCUGUAGCGUUGGCUGUGGGAUUCUCCCUCACUCUUGGACACCUCUUUGGGAUGUACUUCACAGGAGCUGGCAUGAAUCCUGCCCGAUCCUUCGCCCCUGCUGUCAUCACCCGCAAUUUCACCAACCACUGGGUGUAUUGGGUUGGACCAAUUGUUGGCGGUGUGAUGGGCGGCUUCCUCUACGACUUCAUCCUCUUCCCCCGGAUGCGCGGGGUCAAAGAGCGCAUGUCUGUCCUCAAAGGUGACCGGCCAGCUGAAACCAGCGCCCCGCCAGAGCCUCCUGGGGAACCUGUGGAGCUGAAGACGCAAGCACUAUAA